AUGCCUCACGUAAUAUUAAACGAUGUAAACAAAUUGUCGCUUUUACGAACAUUGGAGAGUGGACGUUACGUGAGUUUAGGUUUCCGAUCGUGGGAUCUAUACGAAUUUCCUCUGCUACAAAGCACAACCAAGCAUUCAUGGGCUGUAAAGACAGCAACGCAAUUGGAGAAACCUCGAUAUGUCAUAUUCGCGCUACAAACCGACAGAAGAAACAAUCUCGCAAAGGACCCUUCCAUAUUCGACAAUUGCAAUUUAACUAACGUAAAACUGUAUUUAAAUUCGGAGAAUUAUCCCUAUGAUGACAUGAAUUUAGACAUUGAACAUAAGAAAUUCGCCAUACUCUACGACAUGUAUGUAAAAUUUCAAAAAGCAUACUACGGUCACGCAAAUCACAAGGCUUUACUCGAAUACCGUCAAUUUCUGCAAUACAGCCCGCUUGUAGUCAUCGAUUGCUCCCGUCAGAACGAAUCAAUCAAGAGUGCUACUGUAGACGUUCGUAUUGAAUUCGAAUGUCAGCAAAACAUUCCAGAUAACACUACAGCUUAUUGUCUUAUUAUUCACGAUCGAUUGGUAGAAUAUAAUCCACUCACUAAUGUGGUACGCAAAAUUGUUUGA